AUGAUCCGAAGGCAGGCUGGUUGGGAUGGUCUUACUACCAACCAAGGAGCGUUCCAGAAGCUUUUCGCGCUUCGGCCAGAGAAUGUUUCUGUAUGCGCCGUCUGGGCGGGAGACCUUGACCCGGAGGAUCCGAACGUCGAAUUUCAAUGGUCGACUAAACGAUUUCUCGAGUUGAUUCCCGCUAUUGCCGCAGCUAAGCUGAGGCUGUCACACGAUUUCGAACUCCUCCGGGAACUCACAUACGAACGCAAUACGCACCGGUGGGCAAAAGAAACCCGCCAUGUAUGCGUCGUCGAAGGGUGUAAUGCCGUCUUUUCUACUGCGGCGGGCCUCCGCACGUAUCGGUAUAGAGAGCACCAGGCGUUAGAGUCCGAGGAAGCAAAGCAGGCCGAUAAAGUUUCGAAAACGUGUCGAUAUUGUGGGAAAACAUAUGCUCGGAAAGACACUUCGGUUCGACACGAGAAGACUUGCUCGAGCAAUCCGGACCGUGAAGCCCCCUCUGCCAAUCAGCCUAUAAGCAAGCGCCGGCGGACAGUCGACCCGACACAGGUUCCAAUCCUGAGCGGGGGCGCCGUCAAGUCAUACGAGGCGUUGACAGAGGAAGAGGCCCCGGGAUUGCCGAGAAUCAACAUUGACUCACCCACGUUCUAUCGCGGUGAACGUUUCUGUCGAUAUCCGGGGUGCGAAUUUACAACGCGACACGCGAAACCGUCGGCGUUGCGCCUCCACUAUAAGAAUCGACAUCGUGGGUUUAUGUUCCCUAUAUUUUCGACUACGGUUGCCAAGGCUAUAGAAGCCGAGCAUGAGCAGGGCCUUUUUUGGCUGUCGACAUGCGUAUUCCGUGGAAAAGUCGAAGGGAAUCCUCCGGUCGUUAGCUCAAGAUAA